UCAAAUCAAUAGCCAAGAGCUCUUUCCGCUACAUAUAUACGUUUGUGUAUCUAAAUGUUAUAGACUAUAUAAUUACAUCUUACCAAAUCUUGUAUUAUCGUUUUUCAUAUAAAUCUUCUUAUCUUUCUGCCUCUUGAUUUCAAAUCAGAUCUUUAUGUUAUUAUAGAAUGGGUAAAGACAAGCAUCACGAACAAGACAAAGGAUUCUUUUCACAUCAUAAUCAUCCCGGCCAUGGGUAUCCACCGGGAGCUUAUCCUCCUCCUCCGCCGGGAGCUUAUCCACCACCGCAUGGUUACCCUCAGCAAGGGUACCCUCCACAGGGUUACCCUCCGCAGGGCUAUCCACCUGCAGCUUAUCCACCUCCUCCUGGUGCUUAUCCUCCCGCCGGUUACCCUGGUCCUCACCGUCCAGGUCUUGGAGGAGGAGUCGGGGGAUUGAUAGCUGGAGCGGCAACAGCUGCGGCGGCUGCAAUGGGAAGUCACCACGCGGGCCAUCAUGGUGGUUAUGGCCACCAUCACGGUGGUAAGUACAAGAAAGGGUUUUUCGGUGGAGGAAAGUACAAGCGAGGAAAGCACAGCAUGUUUGGAGGGAAGCAUAAGCGUGGCAAGCACGGCAUGUUUGGAGGCAAACGAGGCAAGCAUGGCAUGUUCGGACGAAGAAAGUGGAAAUGAUCAUAUGAAUAUGAUAUUUCGCGAUCUCUAUGAUUUCUCUAUAUAUUAUCGUAUGUAACAACUUGAUAUUAAGCUUAAUAUAUAUGCGUGUGUGUUAUCUGUUUUUAAUGUAUCUUUAUAUAUCUAUGAAAGAGUGGCAUUAAUUUGGUUCGA